AUGUCCACGCAUCCUACCCAGCCCUCUCAGAGCCUCUUCGUCGGCACCAUCUUAACCCACGAUAUCCACACCGGAGAGUCCACCAAUCCUCUCGCCAUCUACAGCGACAAGGUGAUCACCAUCGGCCGGUCCACGAAAUGCGACUACGUCAUCAAGGGCAAACACAUCUCGCGCAGGCACCUCCGCAUCCACACCGUGGUAUUCGACCGCGACAACCCCAGCGAGAUCGCUCCGCUCGUCUACGCCCAGGACCUUUCCAUGAACGUCACCACCUGGAACGGCCACCCUAUGGGCCGCUCGGCCGGCGGCUUCCUCCUGACCCACGGCGACAUCCUCUGCCUGAAGGGCGAGAAGUUCCUCAUGUUCAAUUGCGCGGACCGGGUGUACGACAAACCAACGCCGUAUGAGUUGCAGCAAGAGGAGCUGCAGCUCCUGAACCGCGAGUUCGUCCUCACGCACCGCAAGCUCGGCCUGGGAGGCUUCGCAACCGUGUACAUGGCUUACCGGCGAGACAAGGGACGGCAACUGGCGUGCAAGGUCCUGGAUUUGCGGCCCCUUCGCGAUCAGGCCAUUAGAUCUGUGAGAGCAGACCUGGCUAACCUCUUCGAGAACCCUGGGUCACAGCCUUCGGAGGAAGCUGGGGACCCCGGGGUCAUGGCGCAGUUCGAUGACCUGGUGUGGAAGAGGUGGACAGAGAAGCGCGAGCUUCUGCUACAGGAGGUUAUGAUCUUGAAGGAUCUGAGUCAUCCUAAUAUCGUAAGCCUCGAGAAGGUGGUCUGCUCUCCUGAUACCUACUACAUCUUCCAGGAGCUUGUCACCGGAGGCGAUCUCUUCUCUUAUAUGCAAUACAAAGGAGGAAAGCUUGCUAACAUGGAGGUCGCAUCGGUAGUGCGGCAGAUCCUCUUGGCACUGGACUACCUUCAUGACCAAAAUAUUGUCCACUGCGAUCUGAAACUCGAUAACAUCCUCAUGACAACCUUGGAAGAGGGGGGUAGGGUUGUUCUCACUGACUUUGGCUGCGCUACGCGGUUGAAUCAUCCCAUGGAAAAAAUGGCGGCAACGAAGGGUACCAUCGCGUAUCGUGCUCCCGAGAUGCUCGAGAGACGUUGCACCAAAGCUAUCGACAUGUGGUCUCUGGGAUGUGUGGCAACCAUCCUACUCACCGGAGAACUUUUACCCGACAGUUCGUUCGAAUCGUGGGCGGACUUUCUUGCUCGGGAAACUGGUGUGUUCCACCUGCUGAGUUUCUUUUAUUCACAUAAGAUCAGAGUCCGCGCUCAAAAUUUCAUCUGCCAUCUGCUUGAGAUGGCGGAGGACAAGCGCAUGACUGCUAAGGAGGCUCUGGAGCAUGAAUGGUUCAGCAAUCGCAGUCACGGGCCCUCAUUCCAAGACCUGUACAGCCGGGCAUGCAGGGGCUGGGUGCCUCGGGCACCCGGCGACCCCAUCGUGGAGCUGUCUAGCUACACGAAGGAGCUUGAGACGAACGAGUCACCCAAAUGCUAUAGCGGGGAGGGAUCGAGCCACAGUGGCACGGACUCAGAUAGGGAGGACCAACUAUCAUUGACUUCCACGGUGCCGGAUAGGACCUGCCAUCUUGAGGCGUCGCCUACCUUGUCGGAUCCGGUGCUUCCGCCGAUGAGAGAUCGAACCAGCUCAGAUGAAGUGGCCGUGGAGGAGGAAGAUGAGGAGGAAGAUGAGUGGGGGACACAUAAGCCCAUUACAAAAGAUGAGCUCGAGGUGUAUGAUGACUGGAAACUCGGGGAGGGGGAGGGAGAGGACGUGGACGAGGGCGUGCAUUCGGCUUAG